AUGGUCCAGGAUACCGGUUAUAUGUCCCGGGUCUUACAAAAACAGACACAAAUUAAUGGGUCCUCAGUCGUAGCAAUGAACGCCAACCAACACGUCAACAAACUUCAGGGAGGGGUCCCUUCAGGCCCCGGAACAACCCACGCCCCUUCCUGUAGCUGUUGCUUGGCAUAUCAGGCGUUGAAAACGAAGGAGAAGGUGAGAGCCAUCUCAGGCACGCUACAAAACAACAUUGCUACUCUCGAACCCUCGCCCGCUAAGGCCAAGUGUAAAGGAAUCGUGAUACGGCUCGCCGACUUGUGCAUCCAGUACGAGGAAGUCGAAGCGGUGCUUAUCCGGGCUGCUAAAACCGAAGCCUCGGCCCAACGUCAACAGGUGGUAGUCAAGUUGGCCGGUAUCAUGAUGGCAAAUGCGGGGAAGAAGCUCGAUUUCCUGAUUGAAGACGUUACCGAGAUAUUGGAGGAACAACGCAGCAGGGAGACCUAG